GCUGUCACCGUACCUGCGUUUCGAUUCUUCAUCUAACCGCAUCCCUUUUUUUUGGACUUUCAACCAUACACGCGGGACAAUCAAUAUGUUCAAGAAAUUUCAACCAUCGAUCGAUGUGUCUGGCCAGACGAGCCUCAAGUCGUCCGUUCAACGGUCCAUCCGAUCCAACAUUCUUUCGCACUGGAAGAUCGAUGUGGAGACACUAGAACAAAUAUGGCCCAAGAAAGAGCCAUUGACACUAGUAAAAUGCAGAGAACACAUAUCCAUAUACUCACUCCACGGCGAGCCACUCUUCUUCCAGCAUUUCGACGGGCCCUUCUUUCCCACCCUCCGGCUCUUGCACAAAUACCCUUUCCUCCUGCCUACGGUGAGGAUUGACCGCGGGGCCAUCCGCUUCCUGCUCGCUGGCGCACACAUGAUGUGCCCGGGCAUGACGUCUGCGGGAGGCUACCUCCCUCCCCCGGAAUCUGCCCUGCCUGCAGGCUCACCCGUUGCGAUACACGCCGAGGGGAAGGAGCACGCCGUAGGCAUCGGCCUCACCAAACUCGGCACAGAGGAGAUAAAGAAGGUGAACAAGGGCGUCGGGGUCGAGACCGUCACGUACAUCGGAGAUGACUUCUGGGCAGUACAGUCAAUUUAAGAGACCGAGGGGAAGUUGUAUACGUAUGUGUAUAUCAGAUGACAAGGAUGCCGCACUAACGGCCCCGAGCUUUCCGCAUGACUACUGGGCUAUCUGCGA